AACGCAGUAGUUACGUCUGCUGUGUAACUGUAUAUCUGUUGAAGGUAGGAUAUAGUAAAAUAUAUCGCUGAACAUGUGGCGAAUAACAAAUAUUUGGGUUAUAGCGUCAUAUCCGACUGAAUUCAGUUUUUUAAUCAAAAUGGCGGACUGAUAUUUUAAAUUAUAGGACAAUCUGCCUCAUACGAAAGAUAUAAACAUCAUGAUAUCUGGAUCUUCCUGUUUAUUGGCAGGUAAAACAAAAGGAUUAUUUUUAAUGAUUCGUACUUAAAUUCCGGAGCAGUAAACAUUUUGUUUUACAUACAAUGGCUGCAUUCAAUUGUGGGAAUGAUUCAAAUAAUGCAACAGAAAAAGAGGAUACGGAUAAAUCGAGUGAUUUUUCUGUUUCAUUCACGGAAGGUUCUGAUGAAAUUAAACAUGAUUUAAGACAUUCGAUCUUGCACAGUUCUGAUGUGGUCUCGGAGAUUUCCUCGAGUGGGGGACAAGUUGUUCAACUUUACUGCGAUUCGUGUAGAGAGGACAAUAAGUACGUCCCAGCUGAAGGUUUUUGUGUUAAUUGUGAUGAAUAUCUGUGCAUAAGUUGUGUCAGCUUUCACCAAAAACAAAAGGCUUUAAAACUACAUGUUUUGAAAGAUAAGCCAAAUCUGCCAAAAGAACGAGCUCACGUUAACAUUCGUGACGUUUGUGUUGACAAGUGCUCUUCACAUACUGACAGGGUCAUAGAGUACUUUUGUAAAUCAUGUGACCAGCUAGGAUGUUCGGUUUGUAUUGUUACAGGACAUCGUACCUGCAAAGAUGUGGACUUUAUUCCUGAUGUAAUUGAGGGCAUAGAAAAUAGCAAUGAGUAUACACACUUAAUUGGAUAUAUGAAAGACUUGUCGGUCAAACUAGAUCAUCAAAAAAACAGAGCUGCGUCUAAUAUCGAACGAAGCAAUGAUUUUCGAAGAAAAGCUAAAGAAAAGGUAAAAAAACAGAGAGCGGAAAUAAAUGAGAUUUUUGAUAUAUUAGAAAAUGAAACUCACUCCAAAGUUGAUGAAAUAUAUCAAGAAGAUCAAGGAAAACUGUCCUGCAUCUCCGACCAGGUUAUAUCAUUAACAAGCGAUCUAUCGGAAAUGAGCUCCGAUCUACAAAGAAAAUCUGAAAAUCGAUGUCAACUUUUUGUUGCCACUAAGAAAAUCAAGCACAAAAUGUUAUACGUUGAAAGGAACGUAAAAUCCAUUGAAAGUGGGAACAGAGUCGAAAACUUUCAAUACUUGCCGGCAUACAACAUUCAUGAUGAAUUAAAAAACACUAAACUUGGAAAAUUAGAUUUUCUAAAUUCUGAAACAGUUAGACUUGUGUCCACACUGUCAUAUAUAGAUGUCAGUCAAGACAGAACAAACAUGUUACACAUAGGAACUGGAUUAUGUGUGCUGCCAAAUGACCGCCUUGCUCUAAUAGACACCCACCAUACUACAUGCAAACUGAUUGACCACAAGCAUAAACGAGUUACAUUUUGCAUAGAGUUUGAUUCAACCCCUUUUGGUGUAACAAAAAUGCCCGAAAACCAGAUCGCAGUAACAUUUCCUAAUAUAGGAGAAAUAAAAUUUCUGACAGUCUCUCCUGAUGAUACCUUGGUCGAGAAAAGUACUAUAGACAUCGGGAAUGGCUGCUGUGGGAUACAUCAAUCUAACUCGAAACUUAUUGUCGCUUUCAAAAAAUGCCGUGGGAGUAAACCACGGGUACAUAUUCUUGAUACAAAUGGAACUGUAUUAAAUGUUCUCGAACAUGAUUAUUAUGGAAAUCCACUGUUUGCUUCGCCACAGUAUGUUACUGUAAGUCCAGAUAAUUCAACCAUUUAUGUGUCAGAUAAAAGAAGUAAAUCUGUUAUUGGCUUAACUGUAGAUGGCAAAGUAAAAUCAGUUUACAAAAUGGAAACUUCACCAGGUGGGAUAACUAUUGAUGGAGCUGGUUCGGUGUAUGUGUGUGCUGUUAGAGAUAAGAAUGACGAGACUAUGAAGGUAGAUAUCGUUCAGCUGUCUGAGAACUGUGAAAAACUACAGACUCUAGUAACAUUAGACAACCACUAUAGUGCUAUUGCUUACUGUGAUGAAAACAAAACAUUCUACCUUGCAGGAAUGUCGGAAUUUAAAAACAAUCAUGUUUUAGCUGUUAAAACUGCAUAAAAGAUGAAACCCCAUCAUUGAGAAAAAGAAACAGCCAUUAAUUUAACAAAAGAUAAUUAUCUUUUUCACCUUACUGAUGGUCAUCACAAUAUACCAUUUUCAGUGCAGGUUAUAAAAACAAAUCGAUCAUAUAAACUUGCAAGCUAUGUUAUACUUUCAGCAGUCGAUCAAUGACUUGAAGGUGUAUUUCGAGGACAGCACAUAAUGUUAAAAGCCAUGUUACUGUACUGUAUACAUGAACAUGGUAAUAAAUAAAAUUUAUAUAAUAACAUGUAGUGUCAAAUGUACUACACAUUUUAAUUAAGGUAGUUCUGCACGUUCGGAUUGAUUUUUUUUCUACAAUGUAGAAUUUGAUUAAACUCUGAUUUUUCAAAACUUUAGAAUAUACUUAGGAAAUUCAGCAAAUAAAAAAGAUGGGGUCGUGUGCUUGAAUUUUUGCUAGACUGAUUUGAUAAAUUUGGACCUCACGCAAUUUUUCAUAAUGGGAGUCUACGUGAAAAUCAUACCUUUUCUAGAAUGUAGAUUUUAAUGAAACUUCUCACAGUUGUAAAUAAACACAUCGCCUAUAAUGUGAUGAAAUAAAAUGUAUAGGUCCAUUUACUUAUUUUUGUGAUAUUUGACCAUGAUUAAAGUAAACCGAACAUUUCACGCUAAUUUUAAGACAUUAUUCUGAAUUAUUCAACGUGUAAGAUGUUUUAAUAUCAUAUUUUAACUUUAAAAAGAUAGUAACAGUGCCAUUGUAAUCAAUUUACUCACAGGUUGCCAUUAAUAAAUUUCCGUACGCCGAAUCCAGGCUUUAUACUACGUUUUCCGGAUAAAUGACGUUACGCCAUCAUUUCCGGUUUAUCAAACGUGCAGAACUACCUUAAGUGACAAUGGUCGGUCAUACAGUUAAUUAUUUAUGUACAUUAGACUGAUGCUGCUCUUUUUGUAAUACGGGAGGUAUUUGCAGUACCUUAUGGUAAAAAAGAGGGACUUUUUGGAUAUAUUAGGUCCUUGAAUAUGAUACCGAAAUGUUUUGAAUUUUAGCUUUUAUGCAUUCUCGUAGGGUUUAUUAAUUAACUAUCAAAACAAUUGUCUUUAAGUGCCGUGUGGCGGCCGUAAAUGUCACACCGUACCUGGACUCAGUGUUGUUGUACGUUCUGGUGCUCUGCAAUCAUUGAGUCCAUUCAUGUUUCUGUGUAACAAAGUUCGGUUUUAACCGGUACUACGGAUCGAGAUGGGUGCUGCCUAUUUCAUUACCUCUUAUAAACAGACACUCAAGCCGAAAUAGAUUUCAUUUGUUUGGUUGCCUUUCUACGCUUUAAAAAGGAUCUUUUUUAUAGACUUUUUAAGUUGAGUAAAGUAAAAUGUAUUGUCAAAAUUGUCUAAUUUUACAUUAUUAAUAUAUAACAGACCACAUUACUUCAGCAGUCUCCCCAAUACUUAUAAAAAAAAUGUGCACCGACACAAGAUGUAACUUAAUGAUCCGAUCAUCCGUUUGUCCCUUCAUUUAUUUGUCAUUCGCGUCAUAUCGUUUUACCCUACUUGAAAGAAAUUCAGAUACUUCCAUAAUAUGAGAAGGUGCAGGACGCAACCUUCCGUCAUGUCAUGUCAAGAUCAAUUUUAUAUGAUAAGAUCAAAUGCCGCUAGGUGUGUCUUUUUAUCCAUAGAUAGGAGUUUCAAAUGAUUAAGUGCAUGAUAAGACGACAUGCAGAACAGUUUCAAGGUCAGUUUCAUACUUAGAGAUCAAACAUCGAGGAACUAGUUUAAUGUAAGUAGUCCAAGGCCAAUCUUUAAUCAGAUAUUAGAUAUCAACUGACUUGAAGCGGUAUGGGAGAUAUGCGCUUUAUGUCAACAGUUUUAUAAGAUUGUCUGGUUUAAUAUCUUCAGUUAUCCGGUUUUAUCACAGUCCCUAUUUUGAGGACAAUGACAUAGAGAGCAUCUUUUUACACAACUGUUGUUGAAGUUUCAAGUUAAUCCAACUGACAUUGCAAGAACAUAAUUAUUCAAUAUUGCAUAUUUUCCCAAAGUCGGAACACAGUAGCUGUAAAAUACUAGCUCUUAAAUACCUAUUUCAUACUUUAUGCUAUUUUUAUCUUCAGUAUGUUGUAAAUAAUUAUGUAACUUAAUAUUUAUGCAAAGUUAAAGGACAUGACAUUUUGUAGCUUUAUAGAAUUCUUGAAAAAUGUCCCUCUGUUAACAUUUUUGCUAAUCAAUUUUGUAAAAAACAUAGCUGACCAAUGAAAAUGAUUUAUUGAAAAUAUCUAGAAAUAUUUUUCAGGCCUGCAAUUUUACUGUCAUGUCAAGGAUGUUAUUUAUUAGUUAUACUGAAUUUUGUGUAAUUUUAGAAGCUUUAUUGUCUUGCAAUUCUUAAAAAUUUUCCUAAGAUGUGAAAGCCAUAUUGAAUUUUUAGGUAGAAUCUGUUUCAUAUCUGUCAAUUCUUUGACACUUGAUUUAAUUAAGCUUAAAUCGUUAUUUGUAAUUUGAAAUAUACUGGUAAGAUGUAGUUUUUCCUCUAGUUUAUGUUUAUGUUAUUAGUUUCUGGUGACAUUCAUUCCUUUUCUUGCAUUUGAUGAGAAAGGUUUUGCAUAUUUUGGAAAAAUGUAUGAAGCAUUUUUGUGCUUGUUUGUAAAUACAAAAUGUAUUUGCUUAUCAGUUCUUUCUGGGUUCUUCUAGUUGACACUUUGACCGAAAAUUGAGAGCCAGUUUUAGGAAGUAUGGCCCUUUUUAGAAUAAAUUGAAACUUUUGAGUUUUACCAAUUUUUUAUUUGUUAAAGAAUAUAAUAGAAUUUAUGUGAAUUUUAUAUGGAACAGAGUCAUGCAGAAUUGCAGAUUGUGGCAUUUUCUAAAAAUAUUGACACAUGUUUUUAAGUGAAGGAAAUUGCAGAAUUUGUGCAUUAUUUUAAAAACCUUCAGUGACUGUAGAAGUUUAUUGAUAGACGUAUAAGAGCUAUGUAGUUAUGAAUAUGUGUUUAUGAGUGAAAGGUUAAUAUGAUAAAUUUAUAAAACUGAA